AUGGCUGUUAAGAUUAUUUCAAAAUCCACCAAACUCUUUGCUCUACUACUAGUGCUCCUCUCUUAUUCUCCUAAUGCAGUUCUUGUGGGAUCAGUCACAAUUAUUGCACCAAUUGAAGAUCUUCUUUUUAAAUUUGCUUUGAAUUUUGAUUACCUCUUUGCUGAGAUCUUUUUGAAGGGAGCAUUGGGUCUUGGAUUAAACGAGGUUGCUCCAAAUUUAGUAGAUGGAGGACCCUCUCCUAUUGGUGCCAGUGUGGCCAAUCUUGGUCCCCUUGUUAAGGAUAUUUUCUCCCAGAUUGGUUACCAAUACGUUGGACGUAUAAGGGCAAUAAAGAGGACAUUGAUCAAUGGUGGGAUCGCAAGGCCAUUGGUGAAUAUAAGCUCAGCAACAUUUGCAGAAUUCAUGGAUAAUGCCUUUGGAAGACAACUUGUGCCUCCAUUUGAUCCCUAUGCCAAUGACACAAACUUUUUGCUUGCAGCUUAUUUUCUUCCUUAUAUUGGUCUUACUGGCUUAGUUAAUGCCAAUGCACUGCUCCUAACUCCAGCCGCCAAAACGCUUGCAGCAAGAAUUCUAGGUGUAGAAGCUGGGCAAGAUGGGAUUAUCCGAACGCUGCUAUACGAACGGCGAGACGAGAUAGUAAGGCCAUAUGAUGGAGUGAGUGUGGCAGAGUUUACGAAUCGAAUCUCGGAUCUUCGGAACCGGUUAGGGAAGGAAGGUGUGAAAGAUGAAGGUCUUGUUGUCCCUAUUGAGCAAGGUGCUGAGGGCAGAGUCACUGGCAAUGUUCUUUCUGCUAACAAUGAUUCUCUUUCAUACGAUAGAUCUCCACAAGCAUUGUUGAGGAUACUUUAUGGCACCGGAAAUGAAAGUGUUCCUGGUGGUUGCUUCCCUAAUGGAGCUAAUGGUGUUCUAGCUGAUUCUUUUCGGCUUCUUUAA